AAUGUCUGUGCGUCUUAUGGAGCAAAUAUGGAGAGGCCGGUCAGGUAUUCCCGUCGCUGCCGUGUCAGAUUACCGGGUCGGCCGCUCGGCUCUUCUCUGCAGCAGAGCCUUACCUGUUCCUCGAUCCAGAGCUGUACAGUCUUCUCUUCCGGCUCCGGCAUCUUUAGUCUGCCGUCUCUGGUCAUCCCCUGUACUGUGUCCGGAGUCUCUGGUCAUCUCCUGUACUGUGUCUGCAGUCUCUGGUCAUCUCCUGUAGUAAGUACGCAGUCUCUGGUCAUCUCCUGUACUCUAUCCGCAGUCUCUGGUCAUCUUCUGUACUGUAUCCACAGUCUCUAGUAAUCUCCUGUAGUAUGUCCGCAGUCUCUUGUCAUCUCCUGUACUAUGUAGUCUCUGGUCAUCUCCUGUACUGUGUCCGCAGUCUCUGGUCAUUUCCUGUACUAUGUCUGCAGUCUCAGGUCAUCUCCUGUACUAUGUCUGCAGUCUCUGGUCAUCUCCUGUACUAUGUCCGCAGUCUCUGGUCAUCCCCUGUACUGUGUCCGCAGUCUCUGGUCAUCCCCUGUACUAUGUCCGCAGUCUCUGGUCAUCUCUUGUACUAUGUCUGCAGUCUCUGGUCAUCUCCUGUAGUAUGUCUGCAGUCUCUGGUCAUCUCCUUUAGUAUGUCUGCAGUCUCUGGACAUCUCCUGUACUGUGUCCGCAGUCUCUGGUCAUCUCCU